CUGCUCAACGAGCUGCUGCGCCACCAGUACGUCGGCCCGUUUGCAGCGCCCGUCGACCCGCGCAUCUACCCCUCGUACUACGAGGGGCCGCGCGCGGUCGCGGACCCGAUCGACCUCGGGAGCAUCAAGAAGAACCUCGAGGCGGGCGCCUACGCCAACGCCGACGCCGUCAAGACGGACGUGGACCGCGUGUGGGCCAACUGCCGCCAGUACAACGGCGAGGAGUCGGAGAUUGCGCGGAUGGCCGAGACGCUCGAGGGGCUCUUCGACGAGAAGAUGGCAACCAUCCCGCAGGAGCUGGAGGCGGAGGAGGAGGCGUCGCGGCGCAGGGACGACCAGCGCAAGGACAAGCGCGAGCGCGACCUGCUCAAGCAGAUGCAGGACAUGCAGCGCCAGAUGAUGGAGAUGCAAAAGCAGCAGCUCGCGAUGCAGCAGCAGGGCAUGGCGGCGGAGGCGCCGAUCGACCUGUCGCGCGACAUGACGUACGAGGAGAAGACGCAGCUCUCGGCGGGCAUCAACAAACUCAAGAGCGACAACCUGGGGCGGGUGGUGUCCAUCAUCCGGGAGAACAUGCCCUCGCUCGGCAACGGGACGGACGAGAUCGAGGUGGACAUCAACGCUCUCGACCGCAAGACGCUGUGGGAGCUGCACCGCUUCGUCAACGCCUGCCUCAAG